AUGAUGACAGCAGAUUUAAGACAUCGGGAACAUGAUGACAGCAGUAGAUUGAGAUAUCGGGAACAUGAUGACAGCAGAUUGAGACAUCGGGAACAUGAUGACAGUAGUAGAUUGAGACAUCGGGAACAUGAUGACAGCAGAUUGAGACAUCGGGAACAUGAUGACAGCAGCAGAUUAAGACAUCGGAAACAUGAUGACAGUAGCAGAUUAAGACAUCGGGAACAUGAUGACAGCAGAUUGAGACAUCGGGAACAUGAUGACAGCAGAUUAAGACAUCGGGAACAUGAUGACAGCAGAUUGAGACAUCGGGAACAUGAUGACAGCAGAUUGAGACAUCGGGAACAUGAUGACAGCAGAUUAAGACAUCGGGAACAUGAUGACAGCAGAUUGAGACAUCGGGAACAUGAUGACAGCAGUAGAUUAAGACAUCGGGAACAUGAUGACAGCAGAUUGAGACAUCGGGAACAUGAUGACAGCAGUAGAUUAAGACAUCGGGAACAUGAUGACAGUAGAUUGAGAUAUCGGGAACAUGAUGACAGCAGAUUGAGACAUCGGGAACAUGAUGACAGCAGAUUGAGACAUCGGGAACAUGAUGACAGCAGAUUAAGACAUCGGGAACAUGAUGACAGCAGAUUGAGACAUCGGGAACAUAAUGACAGCAAAUUUAAGACAUCGGGAACAUGA